CGCCGCGGUGGGGGAGCGGCGAUGGGCGCGGGGAACUGGCUGCCCACACUGGCGGAGUCCCCCGGGCCCCGCCCUGCCCCCCGCCCCGCCCCUCUCCCGGCGUCCCCCGGUGGCGGCCAUGGCGGACGGCGGCGGGAGCAGCCGGGGCCCACCGUGCCCCGGGGCGGCCGCGGCGCUGCGGCGCUGGGAGCAACUACGGCGGCGGGCGGCGGCGGCGGCGCCGUGGGCUCGCGGGCUCCUGGCCGUGGCCGCUGGGCUCGGCCUCUUCUACGUGGUGCUGCGGGUGCCGCUGCGGCUCCGGGACGGCCUGGCGGCCGUGACUGUGUUCUUAAGCACUUUGACUCCGAAAUUCUACUUUGCCCUUACAGUGACUUCAUCUUUUAUAUCUGGGCUGAUAUUUGUGUUUGAAUGGUGGCAUUUCAGAAAAUACGGCACAUCUUUCAUCGAGCAGGUUUCUGUGAGUCAUUUGAGGCCCCUGAUAGGUGGCACAGAAAACAGCCCGCCAACACCAGCAGCAUUCUCCGCUGGAGAGAGUGAGACAAGCAGGCAGAGCAUGCCAGAGUGCAAAGUGUGGCGAAAUCCUCUCAAUCUUUUCAGGGGGGCAGAGUAUAGCAGAUACAUGUGGGUGACUGGGAAGGAGCCUCUUACAUACUAUGACAUGAAUUUGUCUGCUCAAGAUCAUCAGAACUUUUUCACGUGUGACACAGAUGCCCUUCGGCCUUCAGAUACAGUUAUGCAGAAAGCAUGGCGAGAGAGAAACCCUCAAGCCCGGAUUAAAGCAGCAUAUCAAGCUUUAGAGUUGAACAAUGAUUGUGCCACUGCGUACGUCCUCCUGGCUGAGGAAGAAGCAACAACUAUUGUGGAUGCUGAGAAGUAUUUCAAACAGGCUCUGAAAGCAGGAGAAAUGAUCUACAGAAAAUCUCAGAACUGCCAUUCCCAAAGUCCCCAGCACGAAGCACAGCUGAGAAGAGACACCAAUGUAUUGGUGUAUGUGAAAAGGAGACUAGCAAUGUGUGCAAGAAAACUUGGACGAAUACGAGAAGCAGUAAAAAUGAUGAGAGAUUUGAUGAAAGAGUUUCCACUUCUCAGCAUGUUGAAUAUUCAUGAAAACCUCCUGGAGGCACUGCUGGAGUUACAAGCUUAUGCAGAUGUUCAGGCAGUUUUAGCAAAGUAUGAUGAUAUCAGUCUUCCAAAAUCGGCAGCAAUAUGUUACACAGCAGCACUGUUAAAAGCCAGAGCUGUUUCCGAAAGGUUCUCCCCAGAAACUGCCUCUAAAAGAGGGCUUAGUACAGCAGAAAUUAAUGCUGUGGAAGCAAUUCACAGGGCUGUGGAAUUUAACCCUCAUGUUCCAAAGUAUUUACUAGAAAUGAAAAGCUUAGUGCUACCUCCAGAGCAUAUUCUGAAACGAGGGGACAGUGAGGCAGUAGCAUAUGCUUUUUUUCACCUCCAGCACUGGAAGAGGAUAGAAGGGGCGCUAAAUCUGCUGCACUGUACAUGGGAAGGCACAUUUAGGAUGAUCCCAUACCCGUUAGAGAAAGGUCAUCUUUUCUAUCCCUAUCCGAGUUGCACAGAAACAGCAGACAGAGAACUGUUGCCAACGAUGCUUGCCCUCCUUACGCACCAGUUCCCUGAGCUGAUGGUCAUUUUUGCUAAAACUGUGCUGCGAGUGCUGUGGCCUGUGAGUGCUCCCAGCGUUCUGGCCUCCAGCUGAAUGGACUGUGCCAAGGUGGUUGAGAACUCUUCUUUCACCCUUCAGCUUCAUUAGGGAAAACAUCAAGGUCCUCCUGCUCUCCAGUCUCUGACAUCAGCCAACUCCAGUGUGACUGGAGCGUGCUUGCCACGAUGGUUUGAUUUCGUUGUUCUCACAAGCCUCAGCCCUGGUGGCUAGCUGACCCCUAGGUGUGGCGGGCAAGGAAGAAAGCCGUGCUGUUCAAACUGGUAUCUUUGACAGGCUUCCGUGUUGGUAAUGGUGCUUAACAUAUGAAUUUCUUCUUUGGCCUUAGUCUGUAAGCAUCUAAGAAAAUAGUUUUUGUUGAGCAAUACCUUAUUGCUCUCUUAAUCGUUUGUACAACUGGAAGCUAAUACUUCCUCUGGAAGAAAGGAGGGGACGCAAACUGAGCAGAUGUUUGGAGUAUUGACACUUCCUUCUCAGCUGCAGAUGCACCAGAUAAUUGGCUUAGAUUUAAUUUUAUAAGCCUCUUUCAAAGUAUUUGUUAACAGCAAAGUAUGGUUCUGCUUUCUUUAUUAAAAGGUUGCUUCUUAA